CAGUCACUGACUCACUGAACUGUUUGAUACGGACCGACUAGUUAGUUGAAUCCUGAUUGCCGUGUUCGCGGUUGCUUUUGCGCUAAAAAUAUCUCCCGCGAUUCAGAUAACUUUAAAGUAUUCAACUACCACUUUUUUCAAUGAGAAUAACUUAAACCUUAUUGUGUUGUUAGUAUUACGAUUACCUCGACUCAAAACAGCAUGUUCGAAAAAUAAAACAGCAACUUUAACGUGAAAAACGCUUUGUUUAUAAAAUUUCGCGGUAAUUCUAGUGUUUGUGAAUGGUGUACCUAUCUCAGAUGUUGUGGGUAUAAAAGGAUGUUGUCAUUAUCGAUGUGUUUAAGCAACAAUUCUGAAGUUUAAUGGAAUUCUGUGAACGGUGUAGCUAGUCGGUGUGAUGGUGCGGACCCUCACAGUUCUGCUGCUGGUGGUAGCUCUGUGCCGCGCUGCCACCCACGACUCAGAGCUUGGCGUCGGGAAGGCCAUCAACAUAUUUAUGAGAUAUGGCUACCUCAGCAUAUGCAUGCGAGUGGUUCCCCGGAACGACACAGAGACCUGGGUUUUCCGGGAGCCGACAGUCAGCGUGUUCCGGGACGUGGAGCAAUACAGCGUCGCGCCCAAACCUCGCCAGCCGAAGACACUGUUCGACGGAGACUUCCACAUGGAGUUCUGCGAUAACCUGAAGCAACUGCUGCAAGCGUAUUUCAGGGAUUUCACUUUUGAGAGGCUGGAGCGUCCAUGGCGGGCGUUCACGGCUGGCUGGCCCACAGACAUAAUGGCCAGAAACUUGGGGAUCAACUCCUCGUUCAUCAAUGGCGACCACUGCUACGUGCUCGUCAGGGUUUCCAGGUUCCGCGAAACGGGAAAACUAAAGGACUUGCCACAGAACAUAGGAGUUGAGGAUGUGGUGUUUGACGCCAUCCAAGAUUCAAUCAUUGGGGACACAGCAUCCAUUGCCGAUUUCAUACGCAAAUACGGAUCGCACUACAUUGCAUCCUAUAUUACUGGUAACUCUCUGUACCAGGUGUUUGUCUUCUCUCGGGGCGUGUACUCCAGGGUCAAAGACCGCGUCAAGUCUAACGGGGUCGGUGACCUAUCUGUCACUGAGCUAAACAAUUUCUUCUCGCCGUUCUUCGCUGAACACGUCGGAGUAGUCAAGGUGUUUGUAUUCUCUAGAACCGCCUACUCUAUGAUCAAAGAGAGAUUAAAGAGUAAGGGUGUGGCAGAUAUAACCGCAAAGGAAUUAGAGGGAUACUUUUCACCGUGGCAUGCCAAACAUAUCGGACAGAUUAAGGUCGCCAGCGGUAACAAAACAGUAGAGAGCUGGGCGACGAAACGUCUAAGGAUGCAUUACUAUAUCUUCUCAUACCCGAGUCUACUGAAACUCCACGGGGAACCGGCGUUACUACGCAACCUAGACACGUUAUUAGGAAAUGAGGCUCUAUUGCAAUUGGAAUUAAAGACAUUAUCGCCCGCAUUCAAAGACGCGAACAAAAGGAAGUGGUUCGAAGAGGUCAUAGACAAUUAUUUAAAACUUUGGGAGAGUAAUAUGUGAUGAAUUUGUUUUAAUUGAUAAAAUGUACAUAGGAAAUGUGGAACAAUCAUUGUGUGCCUUAUCAUUAAAUAAUAAAAUAUAUUAUAUAAGUAAGUUUUCCUAAAAAAAGAUGAUCUAUUCCGCCAUUUUGUUUUAACAUCCACUAUUGAUAGUUUUAAAGAGAUAAAUAACUAUGGCGCGUAGAUUUAAAAAGCGCCAUCUUGUUUAAAAGACAAAUUAAAAAAGGGGCUGGUUUUAAACAGAGUUAAGUGUGGUAUUUUAAGGUGUUGUUUUUUUAAUCAUUCCACUUGCUACCGUGGCGCCCCCUUAAUUGGCUCGUUUCCAGUGGACACUUUUUACACUGAGAUAGUGCUCCAUACGAGUACAUAGUACCUCUACCCUCCAUAUAAAUAAUACACAGGGUUGAAAGCUUUUCGGAUACGAACCAGUGAUGGACUUAGGACUUUGAUGUCGUCAUAGGCUUUUUUUAUCGCGCUGUUCUGAAUGCUAGAAUAAAUUUUGUUAACUUUGGUCCAAUAUUUUUAUUUUAAGUUUAAAAUAACUUUACAUUUUAUUUUUUUAUAAAAAUUUAUCUGUACUCAUUUUCAAAAGAGAUUGUCUUUACCCUUUUGCCAUUUCGGAAAUUUUGGUAUCUCCAAAAAUUUUGCCGCCCCUCAAACCGUAAAUCCAUCACUGAUCCGAACACAAAUUUCGAACCCACAAUAAUACAAAAAAUCAAGUUUUGGGUAUAAAAAUAUACACAUUAACAAAGCCCGCAAUGUAUUACGAAUAUUGAUUACAUGACGCGCUUGAUAGUGAGCGCCUUCAAAGGAAUGCGCGAAUACAUUGUGGUUUUACAACAUUAUGAACUCAAACGUCAUAGUAAUUAGUAAUUAUUUGGGUCCGUUUACAUUAAAGAUCUUAAUCGUCUCGGUUAAGGACCUGUUAUAAACACAUGUAUGCGAUAAACAUGGAGGAAUAUUAUCUAUCGUAUACGUGCUUUUAAAGGAUAAUGAUAAUCCUAUAAUAUCUCAAUGGAACCGUUUGUUAAUGAAAAUAUAUACAAUCUGGCAAAUAGAAUUAUUGAUAUGUCACAACAUAUUCUAAGGUUCGCAAAGUCGGGUAAUCAUUUCCCCAGCCCCUAAAGAUUAUUGAGCUUAGUUAAUAAAAUCACAAUUAAUAAGUAGAUGUUUUGUAAAAACAACCGAAAAUACAUAUAAGCAAUUAAUUUAAUUAUGAUAACCUAAAAAUUUUGACCCAUGUGGUACAAUGGCGCCAUCUUAAUUUAUGGAUUCCGGCAAAGUCGGUCGGCAUAAAAUCGUUGUUUAAAAUAAAAAUAAAUACAAUUUGAAAAUAGUAAAUCUUUCAAGAGACAAAAUGAAAGAAAACUCGUGAUCAAUGUUCUAGCGGAACGUAUUCACCCAAAUUUCAUAAUUGGCAUGAAUAUUGACUGGCUAAAAAGUCAAAUAAAAUGAUUCUUGUCAAUUAUAAAACACGUCCUUCAACUAUAAAUAAAUUCAACAGAGUCUGAAGAUCGAAUGUCUGUAAUUUAACUUCAUUAGUAGUAAGAACCGUAACUCUGUUUUCUUAAAGCCCAUAUUCCAUUGUAUACAACAUCGGACUUUUCGAUACUAAGAGCGAAAUUAGAACUUUUAAUUUGUCCAUUUUGUUCACAUGAGGGAAAUUUGACGCACUAAAAUUUUGAUCACUGAAAUUUCUUUUGGAGAAUAAUAAUUGUUAAAUUAAAAAAAACUCCAGAAAAUGUGUUUUUUGUUGAUUAACAAUGUUAUCUCAAAAUUUUUGUUAUUGUUGUACUCUCGUGCGUAUAAUUAUUCACGACUUAAAACGGUAUUAAAAUUAAUAAAUGAUGGCUAAAUUAUGACCAUAUAACAAAAUUCUUUAUAAGUAAUCAAAACAUGUCACAAAUUAAAUAUAACAAUGUUGCAUAUUCCUUUAAAAACAUCACAAUAUCGUUAACUGAGUAUUUAACUCAACCAACAGAAUGUCCUGUAUUUUGAAAUAGUACAAAGUAUUUUAAAAUCAUUAUGUAAUGUAUGACUGUUCAAAUUUAUUAAUGAAUUGUGAAAUUAAGUAUUUUAGGGUACGUGCGCUCAAUAA